AUGUCAGUUAGCUAUACCCUACGAGAUUUAGAGUCAUGCGUUUACGAAGAGGAGCGCGUACUGUCGACGGCUAUUGGUUCCAUUGCGGAAAGCAAUGCCUCCUUGGAGAAGCCUCAGCUGAUUGGGCAGUACAUGCUGUUCCAAGAUAAGGCAAGCGGCCGCAGGGAGCCAAUCUUUGCCGAGUCCAAGCUGAAGUACUCCUAUCUGCACUUGCCAUCAAAACUUGAACACGUCGCAUACGAUCUUAGCGCUGGCUACAAUAAAAACAUCAACUGGUCUUCUGCGGCCAACGUCAAACUGGACGAGUUCCUCCAGUGGAUCCUUCGGAACCGACACAAACUGCCGCAGAGCAGUAAUCCAGCGGAAAAACCACUAGGCACUGAUUUCGUCACAUGGCGAGGUGUUUUGACCAAAUUAAUGGUGUCUUCCUUUGUGAAGGACAAGUGGCUGGUUGGGGCCACCAUGUUCAAAGGCACCAUCUACCUGUGUCCAUAUUACGACACCGAGGAGAGCGUCAACGAUUACGGCAACUUGUUUAGCUAUGGUGGACACAGAUUCGAAAAUUACAUCACUCGCACGGAGCCCAAGAAGGUGCAGUGUGAUCAUUUUGAUGCGGCCACAAAGGAAGGGUAUUCCGUUGUUGUCAAAUCAAAAGUUCAGUCUUCAAGUGGAAAGAUUUCGCUGUUGUACGCCGCCGAAAUUGACUGUCUGGACACUGGAAAAACGCAACGGGAUGCCGCUGACAUGGAGAACUUUGUGGAGAUCAAGACCACCCGGAGGAUGCAUCACGAGAACCAGUACAGAAACUUUUGCAAGUUCAAGCUCAUAAAGUGGUGGGCUCAGUCGUAUUUAGUUGGCGUUCCAAAGAUAAUUUGUGGCUACAAAAACGACCGCCACAUUGUCGACAGUAUCGAAGAGAUGAACGUUCACCGGAUUCCCAGUCAAUGCAGUGAAUUCUGGUCCAGACGUCAGUGUAUGAAUUUUCUGCAGCAAUUCCUCUCCUUCGUACAGCAUAUCGUCACCGACGACGACCCUUAUCGAGUCUACCUCUUCUCAAAUGAAGUUCCAAAUAUGAUCUCCACCAGAAAACUACUCAACCGAAGUCACUUUCAGAUUUUACCCGAGUGGUAUAUCAGUGAGCUUACAAAGUGUACAACGAAGGAGUAA